UCUGGACGAACGUGACUACAAAUACCAAAUAAUUGUUCUAAAAAUGAACAACUUAAAUUAAAUGUAGCAAUGACCCAUACGUAAAAAAUGCGUCGUGUUUUUCAGAUGUAAUGGAAAACUGUCGGUAUUCACGUUUCUAUCGCUCAGACAGUUCGAUAUAUUCUUGUAUUUUAUAUACAUUUUCAUACAGACGAAAAUAAUACUCCGUGUUAUUCAAGGUAAAAUGUAUUCACCGUAAAAGCUAGUUCUUUAUUUCUUUGGAAUCUUCCUGCCAAUAUUAAAAAAAACUACAGUUCCCAUAACACUUUGCGAGAUCCCACGAGGUAGUCCGGCACAGAAACACCGCGCGCUGGUUGGUUGCUCGCGUGUUUCUUUGUACGCGGAAAUCUAGUGAAGUCAUGGAGCUCGAAAACAACUCAAUAAUGUCGAGUGUUUUAGGCGAAGAGGACGACGAGGGAGAAGAAGAAGAAGAAGAGGAAGAAGAAUAUGAAGACGAAUCUCGGGGUGGAUAUUAUAACACAGCUGGGUUUGCUUUCGAAAGAGCAGGUAUUCUGUUUGGCGACCUCAGCAAGGGAGAGGAUGAUGAAGACGAGGCGUCCGGGGCCGGUUCAGCCGGCGCUGCUGUUGAUGGUUCGGUAAACGAGGAGGAGUCAGACGAUGAAGACGAGCGUACCAUCCCUCUGUCUGAAAUGUCGCCCUAUAUUCGAUGUACAAUCUGCACCGGCUACUUUAUUGAUGCUACAACCAUCACUGAAUGUUUACAUACAUUUUGUAAAAGCUGUAUUGUGAAGCACUUCUUCUAUAGUAACAGAUGCCCAAAAUGCAAUGUUGUCGUCCAUCAGACUCAGCCUCUGUACAACAUCAGGUUGGAUCAUCAGUUGCAAGAUUUAGUGUAUAAGCUGGUCCCACAUCUAGAACAAAAUGAAAAAAGGCAACUACAUGAAUUCUACAAAGAAAGAGGGCUUGAAGUUCCAAAACCAGUAGCUCCUCAGCCUGCCACAGCUGUGAAAGCCAGUAAGCAGAAGAAGGGUCUACUUGCUCAGUCUGUGUUCACAAUCCCUCCUGAAUUGGAUGUUUCCCUGGUCCUCGAGUUUGUUGGUGCUGAAGAAGGUAUUGCCACUUACAAGCCCUUAGAGAGGAAGUAUGUGCGAGUCUCUGGAGAAGCAACGAUCCGACAUGUGGAAAUGUUCAUCAGAAGGAAAAUGGAGCUGACUCCAGGCUGUCAGGUGGAUCUUGUCUGUGGUGACCAUCUUCUUGAGAGGUACCAGUCAUUGAGAGAAGUUCAAAGUACCAUUGGAGAGAGUGCUAUCCAGGGGGUUAUAGCCCAAAGAAAUGGAUCUACUAGCAGUAAUUCGAUAGAUACAUGAUGGAUGGAGUUCUAAUGCUUAAUUCAUGUCAUCACCGUUGCAAGAAAAAACAGUACAAUGGAAUUAAAUAGUAGACCCACUGGUACCCAGAGAACAGUUGUGUGUAUUAAAAUGAUCUCUGUAGAUAGGCAAUUGUUAUUUUUUUACUAAACAAAUAAGUAAAAGUGUUUGAAUAAAAGUAAGGUCCUCUUUUCUGUGAUCUCAAUGAGAUAGCAUUGAGUCUGCACUGUUUUGCAGAUUGCAGCUUUUGUAUGAUCUGCAAACUCUUGAGACUAAGGAGGAUUGACAGUUUUAUAGCAGGUGGAUUUAUUUUACAGUUAAACUCAUCCCAGGUUCAUACAAUUUAAUCUCACUGCAAUCUUAUUAUAUAAAAAAAAAAGGAAAAAAAAAUGUCCCUGGAGUUAUUUGUGACUAAUGGUGCUUGACAAGUUCUAUUAUGGAGUGAUGCCGGAUUAUGUCCAUUGCACUGUAUUUAUAAAAUCAGUGGGAGGAGGGGUUCGUGACAUUGUCACUUGUGCUUAAUGUUAGCUUUCAUUUUCUAUUAAAUGCCUGUUUCGUAGCUCUUGCUUCUCUUUUUUAGACUUAUUUUGUCCAUGAAUAAAAACUCAGUCUCUCAAAUAAAGGAAUAAUGCAUCGUCUGCAAAUAUUUCCUACAGGCAAAACACAUCAAGGCAAACAAAAAGAGCUGAAGAACUUUUUUU